GAUUCAACGGUACUCGUUCUGGAGCAUAAAUCCAUGACGGCUACACAAGGUUCUCCGGAAAAUGUGCUGCUCGAGCUGGUGCAUGCAGCAAAAUUAUCUGUUUUUAAGCGAAUAUUUUCAGAACCGGAGUCAGCAGCUGGAAGAACAUCAUCGUCCAAAUUGCAGAAGCUUUUCGUCUUUUUACAGCGUUCCAAUCGGCGUAAACGAUUGGCGCAGAAACGCCGAUAA